UAGACUAGCCCAUGCCGAUUGGUGCGCCCCUGUAUUUGAGUCGCGCGAAGUUCAGCCUUGCAUGGUACGCGCUAUUUUAGAAAACCAGUAUUUCACAUCUUGGCGAUUGGCAAAAUCAUGACGAAAGGACCGGAUGAUUCUGCACCCUUACCUGGAUUCAGACAAGCUGCUACCGAUGAUUCCAUUUCAUUCGUUCAGUGCUUUCGGCUGUGCUCGCUUACGUGGUCUGGCCCGCCAAUUGGACAUAAGCACUACCACUACAGCGGUACCGAGGUUCCUCCGGGGUCGAAACAUCCACGUACACGAUUGCACGGCGUCGAAAUUUGUGUUACUGCCUCGAGCUGAAGGGCGAGAACCCUUGCAUGGCCUACAUCCUAUCCCGCGCUCAAGACGAUCCCAAAACAUCAACAGCAGACUACUAUGAAGACUUCUGUAUUGCCCGAGGAGAAAGCUGCAUCAAGGCCGCAGAAACGUAUCUCGCGUAGGAAGGUACUCAUAGGAGCCGCCAUCGCGAUCGUAGUGCUUGGCCUCGCGUUGGGCGUUGGGCUGGGUCUUAGUAUUGGACGAGACAGUGACGACGACGACGAUAUCUCAGGUCAAUCGGACCCACCGCAGACCUCAACACCCCCGGAAAUGGCAGCCCUCCCCUGGACGCCAAAUGUGAACGAUACAUGGCAAAUCACCCUCUUGCGGCCACCAGUCUUUGCCGCUGGUGUCAGCUCCACCACACCAGAUGUGACUAUCUUCGAUGUCGACUUGUUCGACACACCCACAGAGACCAUCGAAGUACUACAUGGCCUCGGCAAGAAAGUCAUCUGCUACUUCAGUGCAGGCAGUUUUGAAAACUGGCGGCCAGAUGCGGGGAGCUUUCGAGCAGCAGAUAAAGGGAAAGAGUUAGACGGCUGGCCGGGAGAGACAUGGCUGAACAUCAGCAGCGAGAGUGUGCGUGCUAUCAUGAAGAGCAGGGUAGAAUUAGCUGGAGAGAAGAGAUGCGAUGGUGUAGAUCCCGAUAACGUUGAUGGAUAUGAUAAUGACAACGGACUGGGAUUGACCACAGAUCAUUCAGUCUCUCUUAUGGAAUAUCUAUCUUCGGUUGCACACCCUCUGAAUCUAACACUCGGACUCAAGAACGCGGGUCGUAUCAUACCAGCCGUCCUACCUUUCGUGAACUUCUCGGUCAAUGAACAGUGUGUUCAAUACAGCGAGUGCGAGCAGUUCCAAAAAUUCAUCGAGGCUGGCAAACCAGUGUUUCACAUUGAAUACCCUAACGAGAAUGACAAUUCCGACACCAGCUUACAGGCGAAUCUCGUCAAUAAGUCAUGUGGUAAAGACCGAGAAGCGAACACUGAGGGAUUUAGUACGGUGCUUAAGAAUAUGAACCUUGACGGCUGGGUAGAAUACUGCAACUCAGAGGUGGCUACAACGCCAUUGAAAAAUCCAUAAUUCUAGAGAGUAUUGCAUAGCAUAUUUUAAUUUAUCCCUGUAAACAAAAGUCGAAACAUAUCUUCCAUG